GACAACGGAACUGUAGUUGAGAGUCGUUCGCGUCUAAAUUAAGACCGAGUUACGGCCUCGCGAUGCGCGCGCGCAUACUCUCCGUUCGCUCAAUAAAAACCAAACGUAGCACGUAUUAUAUUUUUUCUUAUCCCGAUUUUUAUCCCGUACCCGGGUGACGAUUAUCCGGGACAGCGGAUAUCAUGUUUUUGAUGUGAAAACGACGUAAAAUUCAAAUUUUACGAACUGCAAGAUAACCCCUACAAUAUGAAGUUCACUAUUGACGUUUUGGGAAUAUUUUUGAAAGUAGUCGUUAGGGUAAACAAAUCGACCUUCGCACCUCUUGUGGUGUCUACACUCUUUAUCCUACUAACGUCUUUACUUGCACACUGCGCGAGGCGCUUGGUACAGAAGUCGAUAAAGGAGCCGUUUGUGAGGUUACUUCUAGAAGAGGCGAUAGCUGCUGCGGAACUCUGUGGAUGCUGCUUUGAACUUAUCAUUGUUGCGGAUAACUUUGGCGUGGCCACAUAUGCUAUUUUCCUGUUUGCUCUCACGAUCUGGUGGUCAUUGAACUGGGGUGAAGCGACAGCUUGUCCUUACACCCACAUCGAGGAUGUAAUUGAAGGCAAGGGCGAUAUACGAAAAGCUUUGUUGAAGACUUGGGCGGAAUUAACAGGUGGACUGUUAGUUUUUAAAUAUGUUCAAAUGUACUGGGCAUUGGAAAUAUCAGAGACGCACAAAAAUAAGGCCUUUGAAGACUGCACGGCUGAUCUACAGGUACCAGUUUUAUACGGAGUCAUCAUUGAAGGCAUAGCGACAUGUAUGUGCAGAUUGGCUUCAAGAUCUCUUAGUGACAGCAAUCCAAGAUUCGCCACAGCCAUCGACUCCUUCAUCGGAACUUCUCUUGUCGUCGCCGGGGUCCUCUAUAGGCAAACGGUACUGACCUACCAAUAUGAGGAAAGUAGUGCUAACGCGGACCUCAGUGUAUCUGUCUAUUGCAAAGUCCAUGUAGGAAAAGCUUUCGACUACUCCGGAGGUUACUUCAACCCGGUAUUGGCAACAUCACUGAAAGCCGGUUGCGAAGGUCACACCUUGAUGGAGCACGCGUUAGUUUACUGGCUCGGCGCAUGCGCGGGAUCUGUACUAUCUGUGUAUGUUUACAAGUUGCCGGUAAUUCAGAAGUAUGUCAGAGGUACAACGGAAGUUAAUGGUGACAGUAUCUGGGCGGAUAAAGAAGAUUAAUUGAAUUUAUUUAUACAAAUAUUUAUAUGGACUUUUUUAUUUUUUAUUAUCUAGUAUGGAAUAUUUAUUUUUUAUGUUUAUACGAAUUAUUUCUGUUUAAUUCAUUUUAACAGUAAGACCUAGUCAUAUUUUUAAGCUUGUUUCUAUUAUUUUACAAAUGUAUUAUUUACUUUUUUAAUAAAAUUUCUAUUACGAAUUUUGUUUCAAAGUUAUACCUAUUUGUUUUAAGAAUAUAAUAAGUGCUACGUUCUCAUGUUGUAAAUAAAAUACGACUUUAAUA